ACAACAAAAUAGUAACGAAUAACAUUUAGAAUUAAGAAAUGGAAUGUGAGUAGACAUUACAUUCUUUUAUUAUUCCAUUUAUCUCUAAAGCCCUAAACCCCAUUUCGAGUUCCGGCUGUCCCACCACCGCCAGGCGGCGAAGCUUCCAAUCAAAGGAGAAGUGUUGGAUGUUGGUGAAACCUUAUGAGUGCGAAUGUACGCGGUAUCGCCACAAUCUAUAAGUUGUUAGUCUUGGAAUGCUCCGGUCAUGGGUACGGGCCUUCUCAGGCCGAAAAAGCCGACAUAGCGUUGGUCUGCUCUCAAGGAGUGCCACCGUACAAUAUGAUGUACAAAGCCCAAUUUCUGAGUUAUUAGGAAAUGGAGAAAGAACCUCGUUAACUGCUGGAAGGGAAGUAAAAUUAAAACACGGGGGUGCAGCAGUAUCUGUUGUUGGAGUAAAACCGUUCGGAUUGGUUAAGGAGAGAUCAUUUUACGCAUCACAUACUUCCUUUAGUCGAAAUGCAGCAAAUAUACAUGUCUUGCCUGAACUUGAAAGACAGAAUGAUUUGUUGGAUUCAUCUGUUUCAUUAUCAUCAGGUCACAUGAGCAGUGAAAUGGAAGAGUUUCAGGUUGCUGCAGAUUAUGGUAAUCACGAUAAGCCAAAAGCUAAACCUAUGUCUCGAAAUUCAAUUGAUUUCACCAAAAUUCCUAUAGAGAAGCUUCCAACUGUCAUUAUCAUGGGUCGCCCAAAUGUCGGAAAGUCAGCAUUAUUUAACCGUCUGAUUCGAAGGAGAGAGGCUCUUGUUUACAAUACCCCUAAUGACCAUGUUACACGUGACAUACGAGAUGGGGUUGCUAAGUUGGGUGAUUUGCGGUUUCGUGUUCUGGAUUCAGCUGGCUUGGAGGCAGAGGCUUCUUCGGGUUCUGUUCUGGGCAGAACUGCUGCAAUGACUGGAGAUGUGCUGGCACUGGCCCAAUGUGCACUCUUUCUGAUAGAUGCAAGAGACGGACUACAGGCCAUGGAUUUGGAUGUUGGAAAGUGGUUAAGAAAGCAUGCUCCUGGUAUCAAGACCAUUGUGGUAAUGAAUAAAGCUGAGCUGCUUGAUGACAUUAGUGGUUCUCUUGCUGCUGCUGCUGGUGAAGCUUACACAUUAGGUUUUGGUGAUCCCAUUGCUUUAUCUGCUGAAACUGGAUUUGGGAUGACGGAGCUAUAUGAAGCUUUGAGGCCAUCUCUCGAGGAUUAUGUGCUCCAGGUUAUAAAUGAUGAAGAUAUGCUGGACAGCGGAUCGGCUGGGGAUGAGGAUGUUGACUCUAAGCUUCCCUUGCAGCUGGCAAUUGUAGGGAGACCAAAUGUAGGGAAGUCUACAUUGCUGAAUGCACUAUUACAAGAAAAUCGAGUUUUGGUUGGACCAGAAGCUGGUUUGACCAGAGAUUCCAUUCGGGUUCAAUUUCAGUAUGAAGGGAGAGACGUAUAUCUUGUUGACACUGCAGGUUGGUUGGAGAGGACAAAACAGGAUAAGGGGCCAUCAUCCUUGAGCAUUGUGCAAUCAAGGAAACAUCUCAUGAGGGCCCAUGUGGUUGCAUUAGUUCUGGAUGCAGAAGAGAUUGCAAGAGCUCGACGGAGCAUGAAGCACACUGAAGUCGUCAUAGCAAGGCGAGCAGUGGAAGAAGGUCGAGGUUUGGUUGUCGUGGUGAACAAGAUGGAUCUUUUGAAGGGGAAGCAGAGCUCAAGAAUGUACGAAAGUGUGCUCAAUGCUGUGCCUGAAGAAAUUCAGACUGUUAUACCCCAGGUGGCAGGGAUACCUGUGGUAUUUGUUUCUGCACUUGAGGGGAAAGGCCGGGUGGCUGUGAUGCGCCAGGUUGUUGAUACAUAUGAAAAGUGGUGUCGCAGAUUGCCAACAGCUCGUCUCAACCGCUGGCUACGCAAGGUAUUGCUGAAAUCCUCCUGUUCUUUUGCAGUCAUGGAAGCGGCAUUAAAAUUUAUAAAAUAUUUCACUCAGGUGAAGGCCCGACCACCUACUUUUGUUGCAUUCAUUACUGGGAAGGUCCAGCUAUCAGAUACAGAACUCAGGUUCCUAACGAAGUCACUGAAAGAAGACUUUGAUUUGGGUGGAAUUCCUGUGCGUAUAAUGCAGCGCAACGUGCUUAGGAAUUCUGAUAGUAAAAGUGUUGCCAGCAAGAACACACGAGGUCCUGGAAGAACGACUGAACGAAUGGUGUCUGACAAAAGAAGUGCCGGUACAUUAGAAAACACUGUUUCUACAUGAAAACUGAAAAGUUUGGGAGACGGAUCACCCCCCACCCAUCCCAUGUAUAGUUCUUUAUGCAAAAGUAGUUUUUUGAUAUAAAAAGAAAAUUAAGUUGCUAGUGUUCAGGGUAAUCAGCACAUCUAGUUUUGAAAAUCUGUUGGUCCGAAUUUUCUCAAUUUUGGGGAGGAGCCUACUCAUUUUGAUGGGUUAUUUAGCUGAAAGUAUUCAAAUUAACUCCCUGGUGGUGGGAGACCACCGCACUCCGUUUUUUGGUAAUCCUUUCUCUCUAACUUGUUUUUCCAACUUUCUUGAAAAAGUCGAGUGUCUUUCCAUUUUGGCAUUAUAUGAUUGGUGACUGCACCUUUACAGUGUAAACUUACCAAAAACAAGGAGGUUACUACUUCGCAUUUCUCAGCAAAUUGUAUUUAGGUUCUCAAAUGUUAUGUUGUACUUACUCUUGCUACUAUGCUUAUUGGUGUUGUUUAUUCAUUGACAUUUUUCAUCCAAAGAAAUCAA